UCCAAUGACGUCGACUCACUAACCCGGAAACUACAGCUCGCUUUUCUUCUGUCUCGGAGCUCGCGGUCCACUUGCCUUCUUCUUCUUCCUUCUUCGUCUUCUCCUCCUCCUCGGAGAAGCGUGUCGUCCAGCCGCCCCCGCCGGCUACGAGGAGGACCUCUUGCCGUCAGGACUGAGACCAGAGGCCACCUGCCGGGCCGGGCCUGGCCGCUCCUGACCUGCGUCGCUACAGGUGGCCUGUUGCCUGUAAAAAAGCUGUCCAAAGACGUCGCCGCCCGCAGCACACAUCCAACAUCAGCUAACGUUACUGUGUACAUUGAGUAACGCUGUACUGCUAUUGGUGUGCAAACACCCCAGCAAUGGUGGCCAACGAUAAGAGGGCGACAUACACAAAUCUCUGGUACCACCAUGGGGAACCUGCUAAAGGUGCUGACCUGCACCGACCUGGAACAGGAGCCCAAUUUCUUCCUGGAUUUCGAAAACGCGCAGCCCACGGACGGCGAGCGUGAGGUGUGGGAGCAGGUGGAUGUGGUGCUCAAGGACGCCAAGGACAUCCUGGAUGAUCUGCAGGCCUACAAAGGUGCAGGACAGGAGAUCAGAGAGGCCAUCCAGAACCCUAACGACGAGGUGCUCCAGGAGCAAGCGUGGGCGGCGGUGGUCCCCCUAGUAGGCAGACUCAAAAAGUUCUACCAGUUCUCCCAGCGAUUAGAAGCGGCGCUUCACAGCCUGCUGGGCGCGCUGACCAGCGAGACCUACAAAGACCCCACGCAGCAUCUGGAGCGAGAGCAGGCGCUCGCCAAGCAGUUUGCCGAGAUCCUGCACUUCACACUGCGCUUUGACGAGCUCAAAAUGACAACGCCUGCCAUUCAGAAUGAUUUCAGCUACUACAGAAGAACACUGAGUCGGAUGCGAAUCAACAACCAACCGGCCGAGGGCGAAAACGAAGUCAACAACGAGCUAGCAAAUCGGAUAUCGCUGUUCUACGCCGACGCCACGCCCAUGCUGAAAACGUUAAGCGAUAGCACGACAAGGUUCGUGUCGGAGAACAAAAACCUGCCUAUCGAGAACACCACAGACUGCCUGAGCACGAUGGCGAGCAUCUGCAAAGUCAUGCUGGAAACGCCGGAAUAUCGUAGCCGCUUCGCCAGCGAAGACACCGUAUCGUUCUGCCUGCGGGUGAUGGUCGGUGUCAUCAUUCUGUACGAUUACGUCCAUCCCGUCGGCGCCUUCGCCAAGUCGUCCAAGAUCGACAUGAAGGGCUGCAUCAAAGUGCUCAAAGAUCAGCCUCCAAAUAGCGUGGACGGCCUCCUCAACGCUCUCAGGUAUACGACCAAGCACCUAAAUGAUGAGUCGACCAACAAGAGCAUCAAGCUCAUGCUGCAGUAGCGCCGAGCUGUCGUUUCUGCUGCUGACGCCCCGCAUCCCAGGGUGCAUAUGGGUUCUUGGGGUGGGCACCACUUGCCGGCUCAAUGCCGGUCCACAGAAUGUCGUUUGUUCCCUUUUCUUUUUCUAAUAGAAAAAGAAGUGCAACUCCGCCCUUUUUUUUUUUGUAAUGCAAAAUGCUACUGCCGUCACGACCGUCUUUUUCUGUGCCAAAAAAAGAUGUCGCCGAACUUACAAUGUGAGCCAUGCAAAAAUGGCAGCUAAUGGAAGCAUUGUAGGUUUUUUUUUUUUUUUUUUUAAGAAAAAAGCAAACGUAAAAAAAAGUGUUUUCCCUCUUUUCAAGGGAUGGGAGAGAAAAAGUGCUUUGACUUGAACAUUUUAAAGAGAAAUAUAUAGAAAAGUAUAUAUUAUUUUUGUUUGAUUUAUUUAAUAUUGCGUCCUUUGCAUGAAAAAUGAUUUUUUUCCGAUUAUUUAAAGAGAAAAAUCUAUUGUGUCAGUUUGUCUGCGCUGUGUGUAAAAUGUGUGCUGUUCAAACGGUACUUGUGGCAAUGAGAUUGAAAAGUACUGUUUUUUUUUUCUUUUUAAAAACCUAUUUUUUAUAUAGUUGAUCAUUUGUGCGUUACGUCUUCUUUUCAAUGUUUUGUAUUUUUUUUGCCAACUUUAAAACUGUGAUUUGUGCAAAAAAAAAAAAGACAAAAUCAAAUGCAAAGUGAGUGAGUAAGUCAAUGGAGGAAUUAAAAGGUCAAAGCUUGUUUUUUUAAGAAGAAUUUUUGUGUUUUUGACGUUUUUUAUUCGGUCGGUCAUUUUUAUCUUGGUGGAAAUUUGUGGUCAAAGAUAGGGUCAGUUGCGCAAGAUGAUGGGGUUGAGGUUGAACGAAAGUUCAUUCGCAGCCACCGUCCCACUUCAAAUGGAUUGGACGUCUACUAGUGAUACACUCCUUGAUGGGAAUCUGCAUCUCAGGCUCGUUGACCUCCAUUGACAGCUCUCCACGUCCAAUCCAUCUCAUAACCUUGACUUUCAAACACCCUUCUGCGUACCCACCCCUUCCUAAUCCAUCAAGCAUUUUUCCAGGAAGAAGCUGCUAGGCUUCAUCACGUUAACCUUUUCACCGGGCCGAGCUUUCAUCCAUCACCUUCCUCCCGAUGCAUUAUGCAGACACUUCCCCGUCUGCCGUUUUUCGGUCCGACCACUGAUUACCCCAAAAAAAAAAGCGACUUUCAAAUAAAACCGCAAGAUUCCGCGAAGACGUUUGCUGGUCUCUCCUGGGGGGCGAGACAAGUUGGCUUUUCUCGGAAAGACAACCGUCGCCCCUCUCCCGCGUACAGAUGCGGAACCCCCACCUCCCACUUCCUUCUGCGCGUCGGUUUAAUCGGCGAGUCUUAGUUAAUCAGUCGUGUCAAAAGAGUAACGGCCGGAGGGGGCUCCGGCGGGGGUCCGUUUGUUUGAGAACCCCCGGCAGGAAGUCCGAGUCAGUGAAAGUAUUGCCACACUUGACCGACAGUUCCUCUAAACUUUGUCGCUCUUCAAAAAAAACAAAAAAAAAAAACAACUGAAUGUUCCUUUUGUUCCGUGGACGUUUUUUGACUCAGGUUUUUAUCAAUGGUGCAUUUAAAAUGUGAGUGAAAAUAAUAAAUUGACCCAAAAUUUAAAAAAAAAAAAAAAAAAAAAAAGUAUAAAAAUAGGACAUAAAAGUCGUCUAAUUUAUCUUUCAGUGCCAUUGACGGUACUAGACGUCCAAUUCCUUUUUGACUGGCAAGGACGAAUGAACUAGGGCUGCAGCUAUCGAAUAUUUUAGUAAUCGAGUAAUCGACUGAAAAUUCUAUCGAUUAAUCGAGUAAUCGGAUAACAUUUUUUUUUUUUUUUUAGGUAAAGAGCAAUUAUAAAUAUAGAUGAGAAAACAAGACAUUUCAUCUAAUAUUGAACCAUUUUCAGUCAUUCAAUGACUUUAUUUUCGAUGUACAUUGUUGAAAACAGCCAACAAUUGCGUCUCUAAUGUGACUUAAAAAAAAAAAAAAAACUGCUUUCACCCAAAAAACUUUUAGAUCUUAUAAAAAAUAUAUAUAUUUCUUACCUAAAAAUGUAAUUACGCUUGAUAACACACAUUACUUAAAAGUUAGGUGUUUUUCCCACGUGUUUUAAUUGAAUUUCCACUUGUGUCAAGCUAUAAGUUCUAGUUAAGUUUUAAAUUAUUCUAAACUGUAAGUCAUGAUAGGAUUUUGAGUUUUUGCAGUGUUCAAAAUAAAUGUUGUGCUGUAUUGGAGCACAUUAGGCACCAGUAGUACUUGGUGUUUUAUCCAGCAAUGACUACUGAGCUCAAAAUGACAGUUAGCAUUAUUAAGUUUUUAUUUUACACCCUAAUCACUCUACAGCACUGUUUUCACAGAUUAAAUAAAGCCUGUAUGUAAGAGUUAGCCACGCAUCGACAGUAGUCAUAAUGAAUAGAAACCUAGCCCUCCGCAUGGAUAACGUUACGUUAGCGAGUGACAGUAACGUUAAUCUUAUUUAUGAGCGCUGAGAAGUGUACUGCUUUAAGAUGGCUGCUGUUUUAUUAACGCCGCCGAGUCGGUCAUUUCACAUCUAGUUCUACGUACAUGUGAUAUCUAUGACACGCAUACAGACGCUACCUGCUACCACGUAGCAACAUGCAGGCGUUUUUAGCAACGUCGGCGCCGUUUGUAACGGCUGUCGGCUGCAGUAAGGUAUUUUUUUUAUUGCGUCUUCCUCUACGCACGUGACGUCAGCGCGUUGUCCCGCAUUAAAAGUAGUCCGGGCAAAACGUGAUGCUUAGAGCUGGCAAAAUUAAACGAUUCCCCGGUUGCUCGAGUAUUCGUUUCAGCUCUAGAAUGAACGUAAAUAUUUUUUUACUUAUUAAAUUGAGUAGUAUGAGAGACAAAGUACAAACCAUAGGCGGAGUUUGACUUUUGGGGCAAGUGGGGCACAACACGGUGAUGACCCCGAAAAGCUGUGUCAACAAUAAAACAAGAAUAUUUAUAAUAAUAAGUUGAAAAUAAGAAUUUUUUGUUUCCCAUCAUUCUUGAAGGGAAUUCUAAAUCAGGCUGCUUAGGAUAGCUAUACCUUUCGCCAAGAUCGUCAUCCGUUGAAUAUGGUACGCCCGCCGGUGUCGUGCCAAUGUAGUUACCCCCGUCAAAAAUUGUAUCCCCUGGGCGGAGCCACUGCGCUGCACUGAUUUGGUUUAUUUCCGUGUUUUGGUGAUGUAGUUAUCUACGAGGUGCUAGUCACAUGAUCUGUUUGAAAAAUAAUUUUGACCAAUUAUAAAAAUAUAGGGCUGUCAAACUAUUAACAUUUUUAAUCGAGUUAAUUACAGCUUAAAAAUUAAUCGUAAUUAAUCGCAAUUCAAACCAUCUAUAAAAUAUGCCAUAUUUUUCUGUAAAUUAUUGUUGGAAUGAAAAGACACAAGACUGAUAUAUACAUUCAACAUACUGUACAUAAGUACUGUAUUUGUUUAUUAUAACAAUAAAUCCACAAGAUGGCAUUAACAUUAUUAACAUUCUCUUAAAGUGAUCCAUGGAUAGAAAAACUAGUUCUUAAAAGAUAAAUGUUAGUACAAGUUAUAGAAAUUUUAUAUUAAAGCCCCUCUUAAUGUUUUCGUUUUAUUAAAAUUUGUAAAAUUUUCAAUCAAAAAAUAAACUAGUAGCUCACUCCCCAAACCCAUAAAAUAAUUUUGACCCAAGCGCCAGCAGAGGGCGCCAAACAACAAAAAACAAGUAACAAGCGGACAUUACACUGCUGUCAUUUUAAUCUGAGCGAGGCAUGUGCGUUAGUUGCAUCAAAUAUUUUAACGUGAUUAAUUAAAAGAAUUAAUUACCGCCCGUUAACGUGAUAAUUUUGACAGCACUAUAAAAAUAUAUUUUGUUCAUUUCAUAAAUUUUGUUUUUUGUUUUAUUGCUUUACAACUUUUAUCGACAAUAUUUUACCGGAAAAUUCUAGGAAAGUCAAUUACAUGCAAUGACACUUUUUGUCCAUCGGGGGGGCUGGCCCCCUCUUAAACUCCGCUUAUGGUACAAACUGACAGUAAAAUACCUCUGUGAAGUUGGCCUCCCAUCAGACACAAAUACUAGUAUAUGGCGGAAAACACAGACAAGACUGAAAAGCAGUUUCUGCUCUUUCACCCCUCUUUGAAAUAAACUGCUGUAUUUUAAGCCAAAAGAACUGUCGUGUUUGAUAGAACAAUACGUCUAUAUGCUACCAUAGCAGUUUCGUGGCGCAUUAAGCCCCCGAACUAUUUUUAAUUUGCCCGUUUUACCCUGGAGACCCCCGUUUACAGACAGCGCGCAACCACUUUUGUUUCAAACCAGCCAUAAAAAGAAGGUAGGUAAUUAUAUUUAUUAUUCGAAAUCUCAUUUUUAGCUUAGAAUAAAUAAUUGAUGUUUAAUACUUAGUUUAAAAAAAUGACUUUAAAAAAUUAUUCACUCCCAUAUUUUAGACUUUUAAACAAAUUACGUGACAAUAACAAAAACUACUGUAAUUUUCGGAAUAUAACCCCCCACCCCCCCCACCCCUAAUUUUGAAUCCUGAAGUUUAUAGUCCAGUAUGGCUCACUUGUUGAUUUAUUUGGGUUAAUAGGUAACACUUUAUCUGACAGCGGCGUCAUAAGACUGUCGUUAUGAUGACACGACAUUGGCAUUGGCAUUAAUGAAUGCUUAUGACAGAUGUCAUUAAAUGUUGGCCGGCAAAUUUUGUCAAUAAUUCCAUUUAUGUCCAGUCCGGAUCUUUUACAUCCAUUAAAAAGGGAGAUAAUUUGCUGGAUGACACAAAAUGACAUCUAUCAUAAGCAUUCAUUCAUGCCCAUGACAGUGUCAUGUCAUAAUCAUGACGGUCUUAUGACAGUCUAAUAUGGCACCGCUGUCAAAUAAAGUGUUACCGAUUAAUAUCUUUUGGUGUAAAUAUCCCAUAAUACAGUGAGGACAGCUGUGGCUUGUAGUCUGGUGCGGCUUAUCUAUGAACAAAUGCUGUUUUCGUGUCAAAUGUGGUGUGUGGCAGCUUAAAGUCCGAAAGAUACGGUUAUGACAGAGGGGGAAAAAAUGUUUAUUUUUUUAUUUUUAUUUUUUUAAUACAACUACAAGCUAAAUUUUGCACACAAAAAAUACGAUGAUCCAUAAACAAUUUCAAUAUUACUAAACCUUAAAGGGAAGCUUGGACUUGUAGGCUGUAAUAAGCCACAAUUGUUCUCUUUUACCAAAAUAUGUUGUUAGAAACGCAUAAAAUAUUGCCAUUGAUUUAAAAAUCUGUAAUAUUUAGUACAUGUUUUGACUUGGGGAGGGCGCCAUCUUUUAUGGACGCUCGUGGUGAUGACGUAGAUUGUCAAAGUCACUCGACGAAUACUACUGGGUUACUGCAAUGGCGUACCGCAAGCAACAUUACACGUCACUUCCGCUCAUUAAUAUUCAUGACAUUAGCUACUGUUGCUAAGUAGGGACAAGCCACCGUUUGUCCCUAAUAGGAAAUGAAUGGAAAUCGUGUACGAAGGAGAUGUUUACAGAGCUAAACCUACCAAUUGUCUCCGAAAAUGAUGUGCCUGGUGCCAAAUUCACUGGCAAAGAUGUGGAAGUACAUAAAAAUGUUCAGUUAGAGAUGGCUUGAGUGUCGAAGGCUGAAAAAGACGAAAAAAACGAGCCGACCUAAGCAUAGCCUUAGCUUUUUUAUCGAUGCGACUGACAAUGACAUUCUCCUGUUUCAACAAGCUAUCCUUUACCAUCAGCCCUGUUUUUCUUAUAUAUCCUCUGGUUGUCCUACGUCUCUGACCGUUCUUGGGGGUAAUUUAGUUAGCUUUGUGUAGCGAUCGCAGAUGCUACUUAGUGACAGCCAACGAACACUUUUAAUUUUUUUCAUUGAUAACACAUCUUAAUUCUAUAAUUUAUUUACACUUCCCCCUUACUAAAGUUUUUUUAAUAUAUAUAUAACAGCAACGGUAACAGUGGCAGUCCGAUACCAUUGUAAUUCUUUUCGGGUCAUUCAUUGUCAGACAGAAGCAGUACGGCACAACGUUACGCAAAAAAAAAUAAGUUAAAAAUAUAAAGAUGGCUUACCUCUUUGUCCUCUGAAAGACCAUGCCAACCCAACAUAAUGUUUACUGCAUAUGAAAUGUGAAUGGAUUCACCGAGCUGGUGUUAAAAGUCCGCGCAAGUUGAUUCGGUCUUCACAUUUUUUCCUCCCGAGUUUUUGGUUUCCGUAAAUGUAUGAAGAAAACAUCCUUCAUGUGUCAUAAUGUCUAGAGUCGUUUCUACAAGUUCCAAAAAAGCAAUGCGUGAUCGGCAUGUUCGUUUUUGAAAGAUUACCGGAGAAAAGUAGCACAAAUUACGUUGUAUCUGUGCGAGGGCGGGUCUAUAAUGUCCCGCUUCGGCUUUACUUCCGCCUUACGAUGUGACGUCAUGGUCUAAAAAUAGCCUGCGUGCGGUACGCCAUUCCUUCUACGUGGUGAGACAUCCAACUCAUUCAGUCAUCAGUUAAGUGGCGAGUACUUACUAUUUGUGCUUUUAUUGAGUCUUUUAUUACCUUUUCAUUGCCUCAAAAUACUUUUUGCAUGUGUUUCCCUCUCAUACUUUUAAGCAUUGUGUUUUCUUGUUGUAGCUUUAAUGCAGAUUGUUGAUCUGUUGACCACAUUAAUCACAUAGCAUAUUUAAACCACCCUUAUUUGAUAUUACUACGUUUAAGUAUUUCUUAAGGCAACUUUAGUAUGUUCUGUCUGUAUGCAAAACAAGCUAUAAGCGCACCGUAGUACUUUGGGUGUCAAAUUUGUCUGUUGUAAGACGUUUCGCCGGUGUAGCCCAUUUUGGCAGAACUUUGUCCUACUCUCGUCUCGUCUCAUCCCGUCUUUCCUGUUCAUUUUGCUUUUGCUGCUCGUUUUCUGAAAUAUCGACAGUGCUAUCAUGCUCAUUAAUGUUCCUCUUGAUUUCAAAUUGAAAGGGUUAAACAGACGACAUGUUUAUGUCGCUAGAGUUACACUUUGGAAGCCCGGCAGCGGAACCAUGUGACGUCAACAACAAUGGCGACCUACUGGUUAGACUAAUUUUACAAAUUGUAUAAAAAUAAAAACAUCAAGAGAGGUUUCAAUAUCAAAUCAUUUUAACUCAUAAUAACCUUUAUAUUUUAUAGUACUACUACAACUACAAAAAGCAAAUUUAACUUUGCAAAAAAAAAAAAAAAAAAAACUUCUCUUACUAAACCACAAUUACACAUAUUGCUAAUUUCAGUUGAAAUAUUAACCUCUGCCCAAUUAAACAACAUUCAAACAGCACAUUAACCAAACCACAGAUCCUCCUUUUUUCCCCUUUUUUAACUGUCACUCCACCUGCUCCGUUUCUUUAUCUAUUUUAAAUUUUUUAUCUGUCGCAUUCACAGCUGAAUGACUUAUUUAUAACCAUUUUCUAAUCUUUAAUCAAUCGCUACUUUAACCUACUUUUCCCUCCAACACUCGUGAAUACUUCCACAUUGACAGAACUAACCCUAACCCCGCUCUCGAAAUGGCUUGGACGUCUCGCGCUGUCAAUGGCGUUGAAUAAUUUAAACCGGUUACUCUGUGAUUGAUGUCCUCUUGAUGGUCACUUCUACGUCAGAUAACCCAAUUUGCUCUCUCGCUUUUUAAAUUGCUUUUCCAAAAAAAAGCAUCCUCUCGUUUGGUUAAUGGUGUCGUCCUUGAAGAAGCUCUCUGAAGCACCAAUGUCAAGCAAACGGAAGCAGCCUGCAGGUGGAGCAGCAGCAUCAACUUUUGAGUGUGAUUUGCUGACUGCCAAGAGACAAAAAAGGGCUAAAAAAUAGGGAAAAUAGCCGAUUCAGCUCCUUUGGGAGAAGUGAUUCUCCGGUGAGUUCGCUUAUGACGGCUGAAAAUUGCGCGUGGACAGUCACGCGUCUCCUUGCUUUAUGAAAUCAAGAGUGAAAGUGUGCACAAAUAUAAAUAUACAAGAAUGCUAAAAUUUACUUAGAACUCCCCACCCCAAAAAAUUUUGAAAAUAUUUUAAAAAUUAUUUCAACUUAUAAUAGCACAAAAUAAAAUGUCAAUAAAUGAUUCAAAGAUGUUCAAAAUGAAAAAAUGUCAAAUAAAUAAUAAAAAAUAUAACGCAAAAAAAAAGUGAAAAUAUAGGGCUAACAUUAAAAAUAGCUAAUAAAAAUGCACAAAUUUUAAGCAAAAAAAAACAUUUUAAGAAAUAAAGUAGCUACGCAUGUGCAAAAAAUAAAUAAAUAAAUAAAUAAAAUAAUUUAAAAAAUAAAUAAUGCAAAUAAAACAAAAAUGAAAUGAUGAAAAAAAAUAAUGAAAAGUGUACUUUUAGAAAAUGAAAAAAUAAGUAAAUAAUAAUUGUAAUAAAACCUAUUGCUACAAAAAAGUUGUACAAAAAUUUUGAUUUAAGGACGUACAAAAAAUGGAGAAAAGUAAAAAUGUCAAAUUAGGAAUACAAUUUAAAAAAAAAACUGCAAAAAUUCAAUAUGCAAAAAUAUGAGAUUAAUGUCAAAAUACAAAUAUAUCUUCAAAAAAGGAAAUGCAUACAUUUAAAAAUGAAAAAAAAAAAGAUAUUUUAAGAAAUAUGAAGAAAUCUCAAAGAAAAAUACAAAUAUUGAAAUAAAUGCAAAUACAAUUCAACAAAAAAAUAGGAAAAAAUAUACAAAAAUCAUACAAAAAAGUUAAAUAAAUAUAUUAAAAAAUAUGUAAUUUAUAUAUAUUUAUGAAAAGCUAACAUCAAAAUGGAAAAAUAUUACACACAAAAAGUGUAUAAAAUAUUUUAAAAAGAUAUGUAAAACAGUGAUUGCCAUAAAAUACUGUAUAACUUGUUUUACACUAAAUGAUUUAAAAUACAACUUCUAAUAAAUUAAUAGUCAUCUUUAAAAAAAAAAAAAAAAAAAAAAAACACAAAAAAAACAUAAUGGAAUAAAAAAAGAAAAAUUAAGAAAAAAUGUGCUUUUAAUAUGCUGACAACAAAACUAUUUAAAAAUGGGGAAAUACAUCUAUAUAAUAAUAUGAAUCUACUAAACAUUUGUUUUCCAUAAAGGAACAAUUUCAGAAAUAUUUCCACUUUUUAUUUUUUGGAACAUGUGACAACCCCCUCCCCUGCUCAUCAUCAGUACUAGCAAGUCGAAGCGUCCCCACACCCUGCCCCCAAAUGAAUAAUGCAGCACACCUCCUCCUCUACGGCGCUGCAUGUUUUAUUCACAGCAGAGACCUCGGCCGGCUCGCCGUCAAGUCGCCGUCUCCUUGACCCCCCCCCCCCCCCCCAACGGCCAUUACCCCAACUCCCCUCCCAUUCCUCACCGGUGGUCCCAGCCACAAGUAAAUAUUAGCAUUUAAUCCUGCUGCAUCCCUCACAUGGACAUUUACCAUGCUACGUUUGUCUCAAAGACAUCCAAUCCCUUCUGAACAAGUUAGACAUCAAGUACCGUCAAUGGCUACUAACAAGUAUCGCACUGUAAAAGUUGCCAAUGCCUGCGAGUCAAUUAAAACAACUGAAUUUCAGCCUGUUUUGCUGUCACUUUCCAAGUUUUCUUUUAUGAGUAUUUGAAGACUGAACACAUGACUUUCUGGUGCGCUCCAUUUGUUUAGACAACAAACGGUGGUCGGAAUCCAACAGACGUCAUUUGCGCCGCCCGCACGAGCGUCUUACGUUUUGUUUUGCAACAAAGAUUUCUCUCGUUACAACUAGCCCACCUGCUAGUAGGUCAAGGUCAUGUCUCAUUUUUAUCUUUUGGAUGUUUAUCGAAUGAACGUCAAUGGUAAGCAAGGAGUGAAUUGUGCGUUUUGACAUCUUUCCUAAUAAAGGGCCAUUAAAAAGCAGUGUUGGUUUUUGGCAGCCUUUUAAUUUUCGUCUUAGUCUUUUGGACGAUAAUUCUUAUUAGUCUUAGUCAUCUCGAAACUAAACUUAAGUCUUGUUUUAGUUGACAUUAACGAAAAAUGUCUUUGUAAAUUUUUUUUUUAAUUACUCCAGAAAUAAAUCAAUAAAGGUUUCCUGCUAUUUCAAAUGAACAUUGACCGACUAGCACAUAUUGUAGCCUCUACAAGGACAACGCCAAGUUGGUGAUAUUACACACUCAUCAGUAAAACAGUAUGUUAUUUUCAAAUAAUCAUAGCCACCUCGAUGCCAAGAACAGUAUUUAAAAAAAAAAAAAAAAAAAGUUGUCCGAGAGUUUAAGAGGAUGCUCGCCAUUAGCAUAAUGCUAAUGCUAUAAGUUACAUUUCGUGUGUGAUGAUGACUCAGCACAGACUCUUAAAGAGCAUAUGACACGAGAAAAAAAAGUCUUAAAUGGCAUUAUUAUGUGAAUUAGAAUCAUAUUUUGAGACGAUUCGACUAUAUACAACAAUUUAGCAAAGCACAGAUGAUGAGAAAUUAGUCUUUUAAUCUGCCGGUUAGCCACGCCUACCAUUGUAGGGCUUUAGCGUCCCCAACAGGUGGAUGACGUCAGCGGUAGACUGGGCUCAUCGGUUUUACUUUUCAGCCCAUUGAGGGGGAAUUAUUCAGAACGAGGAAAACGCGACGAAGAGAGCGGCAAAAUGUCAUUGUUUCUGUCUCUACUUCAAUAUUUUUACAGGAUAUUCUUUUUAUCCAACUAUUUUCCCCAUUUGCUAAAUAAAUGGCAUGGUCAUGACAAAUAAGUCUUGUGCUGAAUGGAAUAUGAAAUAAUAAAAAUGCAUUUAUUCAGGACGACAUGGCAAAAUUACUCCAUAAUGGUCAAAACUGUCAACUUCACCUUUACUGUCGCACCUCCCGAACGAUAUUUUAUGACACCUAAAUCGGACGUAUGUCAUUUCCCUCCCAGGCUUCGGAGAAUGUAAACAAACCAGAAGGCGUGACAGCUAGCCGACAUGCUAACCCGAACCGAGUGAUGUUUCGAAGCGGAAAAUCACACAUAACUAGCCUGGAUUAUUUGACAUGACGACCCGGUUGUCGAUUGUCUUCGCGGAUCGGCAAACCGCCCGGCGGAGAGCAAUUUACAGUUCGUUCUCUGGAAGAGGGUGGCUGGAGUUGUUGUGCAGCUAACGUGCUCCUGCUAAUGAGCAUUAGGAGAGCUUUUUACAUGCCUAUCAAUGAUCAAACGUAAGUAGUCCUUUAUUUAAAGGAAGUUUGUAGUGUUUACUUUGUAAUCGCUGUAUUCGUAUUUGACAUAAUACAAAACAAGAUGUUUACUCACUUCCUCGUAAGUCCAAUGGUCCCACAGUAAAUAUCCACGGUGAACGGGAACCUUUGAAAACUCCAAAAAGGCGCAUAUGCCUCUCCCUCAUACGGAAUGUUUUUACUGCAGCCGUUUGGCUGGCGUGAUGCGAAAAAUAAACGUAUUAAUCCGCAAAAUCAGCUGAAUCCUUCGUCCUCAUACACAACAGUACACUGUAGCGUGAAGAGGACGUUUUCUACCGUACACAUCACAGCGCCCUCCUCCUCAAUGCAAGACCGAAGCCGGAAGUCACUCAUUUUCAUGGCGCGGGAUUCAAAAAACUAAAUAAAAAUAGCAAUCGCUUCCACACACAUCCAAGCGGUCCAUAUCAUUCAGGGGCAUAAAAUACCGCGUGUAUUAUGAAAUAAACAUGCUUUUUCGUGUCACAGGCACUUUAAAGGCUACAGCAACAUUGCAUAUUUUCUCUGGCCAAGAUGAAACAAAUCUUGCCGUGUGUGCAAGCCUUAAGAGUGGAGAGGACACAUGAGUGACACAACCAAACACUGCUACGAUGCAGGCUAAGUACGCAUAAAAUGUCCCAAACAUUUUAGUUCUCGCCAUUGUUGACGAAAACAACACCGUUAAAAAGCUUUACAAGUCAUUAAAUUGAUUUUGUUAAAAUUCAGCAUUAAACUAAAUGUUCGAGGCAUUACAAAUUAUGUAAACUUGACGGUUAAAAAAAAACGUUUUUUUUACACAAUUUAUUCGAGUUGUCCGAUAAAAACAUUGGAUAAUAAAUUAUUAUUAUAGUAUUGUGAUACCCUAUUGAAUACUGUGGAAAAAUAAGAACAACUUCAACUGAAGUUAUGGAAAUAGUGCCUAUAUUGGACUAGAGCCGGGCGGUACACCGAAAAUUUACCGUUACCAAAAGUCUACACGAUGACUAAUGUAAUUUUGACCAUGUCGGUAAAUUCGGUAAUUUAAUAAAACAAGAAAAUGUAGUCUUUUCAUCCCGCUUUGACUAUGUUCAUUCGCCUUUAACACAUUUGCUCCCAAAAACGUAAAAAUACAUUCGAUUUUUAAUUGUUUCGGUGUCCCAGAGACGUAUGUAUUAGGGUUGGGAAUCUCUGGCAUGAAGCCGAUUCGAUAUUUAUCUAGAUACACAGGUUAAGAUUCGAUUAAAAAAACAAUACAUCUUUAAGUCCGAGCGAUUGGAUACGAUUCGAUACAGUUUAAGAACGAUACGGUUUGAUACAGAGUGAAAACAAUACGAUAGUAAACAUUUGUUGUGUGUGUUUGUACAGUAUUUUAAACAUAUAAAAAAGACCACAUUUCUAAUACAGCAAAAUUAAACAUUUCAUACCAAUGUUAUGUUUUAUUUUUUUGUGAAAAAAAAAAAAAAAAAAAGGCUUACUAUAUGACCGUCAUUUUGUUGGAUGGGAUUGAUAAUAAAAUAAAACUCCAGUGACAGACAACAAUAAAGUGCAGUAAUUCAAUUACUGUAUUUCCUGGUGUUUUGAACACAAGAGGUAAAUAAUUUAGGUGCAGACUUUCAAUGUAAACAUCAUACAAACAAAAAACAUUAAUUAUAUGCAGCAGCUCUAGAAAAAAAAAAAAAAGAAUUAAACCUGCUAGUGUUAUCAUAAAUAAAUAAUAAAUUAUGCUUUACGGCUGGUAUAAUUGGGGGAAUAAAAACAUGGCAUUUUAGACAAACAGGUCAAUAAUCAUUACUUUAAUCUUAUACACAGCAAAGUCAUUCAUUUAUGCCUGUGCUUCCUCAUUUUUUAUUCCUCAACACUGUCCAUAUCUUUUUGGAAGGGCAGAUUUUUCUUGAGGAAGAUCAACUAAUCCACAUGUUCAUGUUUAAGUAGACUGCGUUUCACGGAAACAAUAUGCCGCCCUUUCCACCAUCGUAGUGGGUUCGUUUUCAGGAGUAAAAAGUCACGUUCUGUGCACCGCUGAACACUUCACACAAGCUAUGUCCCAUGCGAACAGAUCUGGCCGCUUUCAUCACUUCAAAGUCCGACUUUUGUUUUCCUGGGUGCGUUGAAAAUCAAUCUCUGCACGUCGCUGGCAUCGGUGAUCAAACUGUCCAUUGUUUUAGCAUGUUGCUUCGUUGUCACUACUAGUUUCGUUUUGGGCUGUGAAGAAAACGCUACGGAGCGUGCGUUACAGUGGUUUUGUUAGCUCUCGCGUUGUUAUCACACGCCCGUGAUGAUCGGGUAAUGACGGCGACAAGUAGCGGUUCUGCCGAAAUGCAUGGGAAGUUGAGGCAACCACGACUGUGAGUUCUUGUCCAUAUUAUAUCAUGCGUGCAGUCUCGAUCUAAGUGCGCUGUGUGGUGAAUGACACAAGCGCAGCAUGUGAAGUAAAAGCUAAAUUAUUGUCAUUUUAAGCAAUGCAUUGAACUAGACAUUAGAAGCCGAUUGUUGUGCUCGCGAUAGCCGAAUUCUAUCUCUACUAUCGGUUCAUCGAAUAUUUAAUGGCUAAUUACUGUCGAAUGGUAACUUUACUAUCGAUACAGCUGUAUCUCUCACCUGUAAAACCAGAUAUCCGGUCGUAUCGGUUUAUUGUUCUCAAGCUUAGUAUUUAUACUCGGGCUGUCAAACGAUUAAAAUUUUUAAUCGAGUUAAUUACAGCUUAAAAAUUAAUUAAUCGUAAUUAAUCGCAAUUAAUCGCAAUUCAAACCAUCUAUAAAAUAUGCCAUAUUUUUCUGUAAAUUAUUUUUGGAAUGGAAAGAAAAGACAAGAUGGAUAUAUACAUUCAACAUACGGUACAUAAGGACUGUAUUUGUUUAUUAUAAUAAUAAAUCAACAAGAUGGCAUUAACAUUAUUAACAUUCUGUUAAAGCGAUCCAUGGAUAGAAAGACUUGUAGUUCUUAAAAGAAAAAUUUUAGUACAAUUUAUAGAAAUUUUAUAUCAAAACCCCUCUUAAUGUUUUCGUUUUAAUGAAAUUUGUAAAAUUUUCAAUAAAAAAAUAAACUAGUAGCCCGCCAUUGUUGACGUCAAUAAUUACUUACACAAUGCUGAUGGGUGGCUGAAGCCUAUUAAAUCAGACGCACCCAAGCGCCAGCAGAAGGCGGCAAAAUUCCAUAAAACACAAUUAACAAGUGGUGUUUCACUGUACCGUCAUUUAAAUCUGUUUGAGCGGGUAAUCUGCGUUAAUUGCGUCAAAUAUUUUAACGUGAUUAAUUAAAAAAAUUAACGCCCGUUAAUGCGAUAAUUUUGACAGCCCUAAUUUAUACAUCUUUUACGUUUAGUUUUUUUUACAAGAGACAUCUCUGGGUUCUGAUUCAAUUUAGCUCCAAAGCACAAAGCUCAAAAUCCAUUUUAAAGCAAUAAAACUGGCCACUGGAUGGCAGUAGCGCAUUUGGUAAGACCCGCAACCUGAUUCAACGGCAACGAACGGCCGGGGCGCUGGCGGAAGACGACUGAAUGGAAAACAACCGAGAGGACGCCCGGGAUGCCAGGCGCUGGACGACCGAGCAGAACGACCUGGACCACCAGUGCAGCGGAUGAUGCCAAUGAGUCCGUGCUGCUCGCCGAGCAGACCCAGCAGAGACUCAAAAUAAUCCAUCUUUAUGAGACAGGCGGCGAUGAGGGAAAAGUUUACCCGGCUGUCGCAGCUACAACAGGGUCAUUCAUCUCUGUUACUUAUGUGUAAAUAAAUUGUUACUUUGCUAUCAAAAGCUCUAUUUGUCUUGUUGUUUAUGUUAUUUUGUAAAAGGAAAACAUUCAGAUGUUUGGGAUAUAACUUAAGCAAAAAAUAGCUGUGUUAAAGUCAGUCAUGUUUGAAAUGUAUGCUUUCACAAAAAGCUCAAGUUCUGUUUUUUCAUCAGAAAUUGCUCAAACUAAGCUAUUUUCUAAUGCUGAUUUCUAAAGAAUGGAAAAAGAUAUGAACUUAAUUUUUUUCCUGCUGAAAGAAGAGAGUCUAAGCUUUCUUUUGGUGGGUUCCAUGUUUAUAUAGCAAUAGAACAGAAUUUUCUGUGGGCCUUGCAAAAUCAGUCAAAAUCCAGUAAAACGGCCGGGAGCGAAGGGGGUUGCACCGGUGAAAAUGGCUGGGAGUGAAUGAGUUAAUUCACUGAUACAAAGUAUCACGAUAUAUCACCAUUUCGAUAUUUUGUCACACCCGUAGUAAAAACCCUGUUAUAUUUCUUGUUGUCAUUUUCUCCACUGUUCACUCGUGUCCGAAAAGUGACCUUUUGUUUCGGGACUUGGUCAAGUUGCGCAUGUUCCUGUCACGUUUGACUGCGUGCGUGAUUGAGGAGUUGAAAAGGAACAAGCGCUUUUACCUCUAAACCUUCCUUCCGCCGGUGGAAAGCAGCCAGGAAAAGCUCCAACGACAAGCGGAGCGUUAAGCGCUCCUCUCUCGACCCGCGGAAUCGUCCGUCGUUUCUGUCCUCAACUGUCGGCGCGCUAAUCUGAGGAGAUAGCGGCAAACUGUCGUUGCGCUGCGCCACUCUGAUAAUAAGGUGCUUUCGAGCCGCUGCGAACAAACUGAUACCACCUCUUUUGUUUUUUAGACGCUCGCUUUAAGGGUUUUAAAUGAUUUUGGAGAAAUCAUUCAAAUUUAAUAGAAAAUGAAAAACUGUCAGUUACAACCUAAUUUAUAGUUACGCAACGAAAAUAAUGCCUAAAAACUGGUACUAAAAGCAAAAUUGAAAAUAAAAAAUUCACGACAAAUGUCCAAAGAUUUUCAACAAAAUAUAGUUUAACAAAUGUUAGCUUAUAUAUAUUAAAAAAUACAAUAAUGUAAUAGAACUUCUAUAACUGAAUAAUUUUAUUUUCAUUUUUAAUAAUAGUAUUAUUACCAAUAAAAUUCCACUAAAACCACAAGUAAAAUUGCAAAAAAUACAAAAAAGUUUGGAAAAAUUAUUUGACAAUUAAGGGUUUUGAAUGAUUCGGUAAAAAUUUUCAAAUGGUUUCAAUUACUGUUUCAUAUUUUUAAUAAUUGGGGAACUAAUAAACAGCAGAAAUUCAAUAUACGAAAAUAUAAAAUACUAAAAAUAAUUUUAAAAAUUCAUUCAUUUGAACCAAAAAUAAUCAAUGUAAAAACAUUGUAAGGGAUCAAGAAUAAGUACCUAUGCGUGUGUAAGAAUUUUAAAAAAUGCUAGAAAGUCACGAUGAAAAAUAAUAAAAUUCUUCUUAAAAAAAAAUAUAUAUAUAUAUAUAUAUGCAAAAAUUAUACAAUAAAAGAUGAUUAUAUAAUUUAAUCCAUUAAAAGUAUUUGACAACCUAUAGUUCCGCCGUUAAAAUAAUGCCUAAAAAAAAAAAAAAAAAAAGGUAUUCAAACAUAAAAGUGCUAAAACCUCAACGGAAAAAUUCAUGACAAAUGUCCUCAAAAUAUAUUUGAAUAAAUGUUAGAAUAUGUAUAUUUACUUCAAAUGUAUGCAAAAAUACAAAAUCCUAAUCUCCAGUAAAAGUACAGAAAUACAAAAAAAGUUUGAUUAAAAAAAACAACUGAAAUUCAAGUUCAAAUUAAUAAUGAUGAUGAAGGGUUUUGGAAUGAUUUGGUAAAAAUGUCAAAUGGAAGAAAAGAUUCAGUUACCGUAAUUGUCAGACUAUAAGGCGCCACCCACCAAAUUUGACACGAAAAAGGCAUUUGUUCAUAGAUAAGCCACACCAGACUAUAAGCCGCAGCUGUCCUCACAGUAUUAUCGGAUAUUUACACCAAAAGAUAUUAUCCGGUAACACUAUUUGCCAGCGGCAUCAUAAGACUGUUAUGACACCAUAAGAGCCACUAUGAAGCUUUGAACCAAUUGGCUGCAAAAAUUCAUUGCUUCAAGAAGCUUCAUUUGGCCAUCACUGCUCCCUUGGAGGAGACGUUCAACCUCUGCUGCCACUUGUUGUCAACGCUGUUGAUGCCCAACAUGCCUCCUAGCAUGCACUGCAGUGCUACAGAUGUAAAUAACCAUCAAAAUCCAUGUUCUGUGCUAAUUAUUUCUUCAGUUACUGUUCCAGUUGUUUCAUUAGUUGCUAGUUAUGGUAUUUGGUAACACUUUAUUUGACAGUGGCGCCAUAUGACUGUCAUUAGACAAUCAUUAUUAUGACAUGACACUGUUAUGAGCAUUGAUGAAUGCUUAUGAUGAUGAUUUUGUGUCAUCCGGUAAAUUAUCUCACUUUUGAAAAGAUGUAAAAGAUCCGAGCUGGACAUAAAUGGAGUUCAUGACAAAAUUUGCCAGGUGACACUUAAUUGACAUCUGUCGUAAGAAUUCAUUAAUGCCCAUGACAGUGUCAUGUCGUAAUUAUGAGUUUUAUGAUGCCGCUGUCAAAUAAAGUGUUACCUAUUUAGCAAAAUAAAUCAACGAAAGCCGCACUGGACUCUAAGCCGCAGGAUUGAAAAUGAGGAGUUUAUAGUCCAAAAAUGACGGUACUGUUUUAAUCAAAAGUAUGUGACGCCAUUAAAAUAAUACCUAAACACACUCAACUAAAAUGUUAAGGUGUUCAAAUCAUAAAACUGCGAAUAACUCAACCCCACAAAAAUUUAAGAUUAAAAAAAAAAAAAUCAUGACAAAUGUCCUCAAACUAUAUAAGAAUAUACUAGUAUACACUCAACGGCCACUUUAUUAGAUACACCUGUCCAACUGCUCGUUAACACUUAAUUUCUAAUCAGCCAAUCACAUGGCGGCAACUCAGUGCAUUUAGGCAUGUAGACAUGGUUUUAAGACAAUCUCCUGCAGUUCAAACCGAGCAUCAGUACGGGGAAGAAAGGAGAUUUGAGUGACUUUGAACGUGGCAUGGUUGUUGGUGCCAGAAAGGCUGGUCUGAGUAUUUCAGAAACUGCUGAUCUCCUGGGAUUUUCACGCACAACCAUAUCUAGGGUUUACAGAGAAUGGUCCGAAAAAGAAAAAAUAUCCAGUGAGCAUCAGUUCUGUGGGCGGAAAUGCCUUGUUGAUGCCAGAGGUCAGAGAAUGGCCAGACUGGUUCGAGCUGAUAGAAAGGCAACAGUGACUCAAAUAACCACCUGUUAUAACUAAGGUCGGCAGAAGAGCAUCUCCAAACGCACAGUACAUUGAACUUUAAGGCAGAUGGGCUACAGCAGCAGAAGACCACGGCGGUUGCCACUCCUUUCAACUAAGAACAGGAAACUGAAGCUACAAUUUGCACAAGCUCAUCGAAAUUGGACAAUAGAAGAUUGGAAAAACGUUGCCUGGUCUGAUGAGUCUCAAUUUCUGCUGCGACAUUCGGAGGGUAGGGUCAGAAUUUGGCGUCAACAACAUGAAAGCAUGGAUCCAUCCUGCCUUGUAUCAACGGUUCAGGCUGGUGGUGCUGGUGUAAUGGUGUGGGGAAUAUUUUCUUGGCACUCUUUGGGCCCCUUGGUAUCAAUUGAGCAUCGUUGGAACGCCACAGCCUACCUGAAUAUUGUUGCUGACCAUGUCCAUCCCUUUAUGACCUCAAUGUACCCAACUUCUGAUGGCUACUUUCAGCAGGAUAAUGCGCCAUGUCGUAAAGCUGAAAUCAUCAGACUGGUUUCUUGAACAUGACAAUGAGUUCACUGUAUUCAAAUGGCCUCCACAGUCACCAGAUCUCAAUCCAAUAGAGCAUCUUUGGGAUGUGGUGGAACGGGAGAUUGGCAUCAUGGAUGUGCAGCCGACAAGUCUGCACCAAUUGUGUGAUGCCAUCAUGUCAAUAUGGACCAAACUCUCUGAGGAAUGCUUCCAGCACCUUGUUGAAGAAUUGAGGCAGUUCUGAAGGCAAAAGGAGGUCCAACCCGUUACUAGCAUGGUGUACAAAAUAAAGUGGCCGGUGAGUUUAUAUUUCAAGUAUAUGCAAAAAUACAAACAAAAACGCUAAAAUCCAAUUCCAGUGAAACCAUAAGUGCAAAAAUACUGAUUAAAAAGGAUUGAAAAAUAUUAUUAAUCAUUUAAUAAUUAUUAAAUUAAUAAUGAACAAAUAUUAUUUUGCUGCCACCCUCGUUCAAAUGGAUUGGGCAUCAAUCGCUGUUGACGACAAUGGCAUUAAAUGGGUUUUUUAAUUUAAAUUUUCUACUUUCCAACUAAACAAACUCCGAAAAAAAAAGGUUUUGGCCACAAGGACGCCUGCUAGUACUCUCCACUCCUCUUUUAGCCGCGUUGCUAGGAUACGGUGCGUGCGUUGGACAAGGCGCACCUGUCCGCCUUCACAAACGGAAGUAAAAAAAAAAAAAAAAAAAAAAGCCAUUUGGCUCGCUUGAGUUGGGUUAACUCUUCCAGAAUGAACAUUUUAUUCUCUGCACGGUAAGUAUUGUCAGCACAGCGUGAUGGAAUCAAUAAAGGACGUCGAGGACAAAAAGUCCAGCACGCUAUUGGAGACGGGGGGGAAUCACGGAAGGUCAAAAGAAAUUAGAAAAUCUGCUUCAAUAUCAGAAGACGGAGUUGGCGAGGCUCCAACCAGAACUUGCCGAUUUGCACCCUGGGAAAUUUAGGGGCUCCCCGGACGUGCGGAGGAACGCCAAGUGCUAAAAUUAACAGCGCUGGCUUAAGAACGUUGUCAUGAAUAUGAAUGAAGGCGAGUGACCCAGUGGCCUGUUUACACUCACACGACGAAUCCAGAAAAGUUUUUCAGGUCAAAAAAAGAUGAGUGUCAUUUCCGGACUAUAAGCCGCGACAUUUUCCCUCCACUUUGAAUUCUGUGGCUAAUCGAUGGAUUUUUACAAGCGGAUGAGCUCUAUAUGUUGAGUAGGGUUGUUGAAACUAUCAGUUGCGGAACAAACGUGAACAGGGCCUGGGUGCGAUCAGUGUAAACUGACCCCCUGAGUGGACUAUCCAACGAGGGGAAUGCUAGUUGACAAUUAUUUGCGGGCUCCUUAAAAUUGAUUGUACGAUGCGGUGGAAAUUUUUUGCGGGCCCCUCCAGAUGACACACACUAUAUUACAUCAUUGCAUACAUAUUACCGUAUUGACCCGAAUAUAAGACUGUGUUUUUUGCAUUGAAAUAAGACUGAAAAAGUGGGGGUCGUCUUAUAUUCGGGGUCUAGACAUUAUCCCUAUUCACGACGCUAGAUGGCGCCAGAUAUCAUUGAAGCAAAUGCUGAACUUGAGGAGUAAUUUUCUGUCAUGACCAGUGUUGGUAAUAACGGCGUUAGAAUAUAACGGCGUUAUUUUUUUCAGUAAUCAGUAAUCUAAUUAAUUACUUUUCUUAUCUUGGCAACGCCGUUACCGUUACUGAGGCGGGAAAGGCGUGCGUUACUAUGCGUUACUAAGUUGGUUGAAUAAAAAAAGUCUGAGAGAAACGGACUCACGGUGACGAGAGAGCAGAGCAGGAGUGGGGAAGACGCCGUUGCAACCGCGAUGCUAGGUGGCUCCAGUAAUACCUGACUGUAGCCAUAGCCGACAAACUACGCCCACAUGACACGGUAGAUAUCAUAUUAUAGAACUAGAUGCAAAUGACAGACACAGCUGCAUUGGCAACAUGUUUUAAGGACUACAUGCGUUAGUAAACAGCCGCCAUCUUAAAGCAGUACACCUCUCAGGAAGGCUCUAAUGUAGAAAUCCUUCCUAGCGGACCUAAGUAACUUUUUUUUUUUUAAUCUAAAAUGCUCCUAAAUCGGCAAAAUCUUAACUUAAAUCAAUCUUUAAAUGAUGAAACAGUUUUAAAACUUACACAUGUUUAAAGUAGACAGAAGGGAACUAAUGCAAUUCAUUCAUUCAUUUUCCAUGCCACUUUUCAACAGGAGCAAUUUUAACAACUUUAACGUUUGAUUCACAACUUUAAAUGACUUCCACACAUAACAAAGGUUACUGUCUAGUUAUCGCAAUACCCUUGUGUCUAGUUAAAUGGAGGGUAAAGAAUUGGGCUAUGGCCAAUUGUCCCCCAAACCCUUUAAACUUCACAUUGCGUGACCUGUUUUUUUUUUUUUUU